CCGCGGACCGAGAUUAAAAUUAACGGGCGUCAAGUCACCUGCACGCAGGACAGGAGACACUACUUCCGUCUACACUCAUUUCAAAAUUCAGGUCGCAGUCCAACACCAGCCUGUCUCACCUGGGAGUCUCACCUGGGAGCUGCAUCCCCAGACAGACUCACCUGUGGAACUCCUGCUGAGCCUCACUGCCUCGCUGCAGGAGACGAAGGUCACGCCUCCAGUCCACGCCGAGCUGAGAAAGGUCACAUCAUCUUCAUCAGCCUCAUCUUCAUCAUCUUCCUCUCCUCGCCUCCACCUCUAACAUGUCAGCUGCUGUUUGUUUGUUUGAAACGUCUGAGAAAAGGUCAAAGAAAAGUUUAAAAAGGAAAACACACUGUCUGCUGAGGAUGAAGAUCAUCAUCAUCGUCAUCAUCAUCAUCUUCACUGAGGCAGAGUGAGCAGAGCCCCUCCCUCCCUGAGACUCAGAUAAAUAGACUGAGCUCAGAGUUUGUGUUUGACCGAGGAGACACGGAAUCAGACGAUCAGGAGGUCUUUGAAGGCAUCGUCCAGGUUGCAGCAGUGGAGAUGAAGCUGAACUUUUCAUUGUGGCUCGUGGCUCUGCUCGGUGUCCUCCCCCCUCCCUCUGCCCACUGUGGACCCACUGUCGCUCCUGCCGGCCCCCGCCUCCCCCGACCGCUGCUCCUCCGCCUGGGGGAGGAGUUCUCCCUGCGGCUGGGUGGAGGUGGACUCUCCUCCCCUGUUGCUGCUCCAGACCUCUUCAUCUCCUCCUCCUCCUCCUCCUCGGGGGUGAACCAGGCUCUGCUGCAGGUCACACAGCGCCUCCUGCAGGUGGAGCAGCAGCAGCAGGAGGAGGAGGUGGUGGAGGAGGAGAAGGGGAAGAGGUCCGAGGAGCCUCCCAUCUCUCUGGACCUGACCUUCCACCUCCUCAGGGAGGUGCUGCAGAUGGCCCGGGCAGAGCAGAUGGCCCAGCAGGCCGACAGCAACCGCAGGAUGAUGGACAGCUUCGGAAAAUAA